AUGUCGAAUCCAACUGGAGUCUAUUCAAAUCGAGUAUUGAAACAAAAAUUUAAUCAUUCUACUGAUGAAAUGUCAUUUGUAUGGCCCCCAAUUCAUGACUCCAUCUUAAGUAAACGACGCAAUCAAAAACGGUCCAAAGUAUCUAUAAGCACAAAUGUCAACGAUCAAACGAUGCCACCUUUACCAAUAUCGAAUGACAGCAACACAGAACGAUAA